AUUUAUAUGAUCAAGGAGCGAGGAAAUUCGCGGUGAUGGGAGUGAUACCGUUGGGAUGCUUGCCUAUGACGAGAAUCGGGGUUUGCAACUUCUUCGCGAAUAAACUUGCUGAAGACUACAACGGAAAAUUGAGGAGAGGGGUUAAAACUUGGGGAGGAGAAUCAGGUUUUCGCGGUGCAAAAUUUGUCUAUGUUGACAUGUACAACACUCUUAUGGAUGUUAUCAAAAAUUAUAGAAGAUACGGAUUUUCUAAUGAGAAGAAAGGGUGUUGUUGUAUGCUUUCGUCAAUAGUACCAUGCCCCAACCCAGAUAAAUACGUCUUCUAUGACUUU